CCCCUUCUUUCUCAUAGGGUGCUUUUGAGUGGUCCCCUUUUAGCUCCUUUUGUUGCUCUAAUCACCUCCGAGGGCUUCCCUCGACUUAGAAUCAUGGAGUCGUGGGAGAAGAAAGGAGCCGGGGACGACUCCGACGGCCCCGUGACGACAAAACAGGAGUAUGUAGGGCAGGGCGGCCCGCAGGUCCUCGAGGCCGAGGAAGAAGGAUUUUCCCUUCAUCGUGGCUUGAAAGCGCGACACAUCACCAUGAUUGCAAUUGGUGGUGCGCUUGGAACUGGUCUGAUUAUCGGUACUGGCAGUGCAUUGGCGAAAGCUGGCCCGGCAUCGGUACUGAUCUCCUACUUGAUCGUCGGGUUUGUUGUAUGGAUCGUGAUGUGUGCUCUUGGUGAAAUGGCUGCAUGGCUUCCUCUCCCUAGCGGCUUUACUGGUUAUGCUGUUCGGUUCUGCGAUCCCUCUCUUGGGUUUGCCCUCGGGUAUUGCUAUUACUGCAAAUAUAUCAUCAUUACUCCAAACCAGUUGACUGUAGCCGCCCUAGUCAUACAAUACUGGAUAGAGCGCGAAAAAGUCAAUCCCGGUGUCUGGAUCGCCAUAUUCCUGGUGGUUAUCAUUUGCAUCAACUACUUCGGCAUCCGUUUCUUCGGUGAAUUUGAGUUCUGGCUUUCGUCUUUCAAGGUCAUCGUUAUCGUAGGAAUUAUCCUACUUUCGUUAAUUCUUGCCCUCGGAGGUGGCCCUGAUCAUGAUCGAAAAGGCUUCAGAUAUUGGAAAAAUCCUGGGGCGUUUCGAGAACUUUACCAAACCGGAAAUUCUGGUCGAUUCUUGGGCUUCUGGUCAACAAUGGUGACGGCCACUUUUGCGUACCUCGGGACCGAACUUGUCGGCGUGACCGUGGGAGAGGCCCAAAACCCUCGAAAGACCAUCCCUCGUGCCAUCAAACUUACGUUCUACCGAAUCCUCUUCUUCUACAUUCUCAGCGUCUUCCUUCUUGGAAUGCUUGUCCCUUACGACUCAAAGGAGCUUGCUUUUGCCUCGCAACAAUCCAGCUCUGCUAACGCUUCGCCCUACGUGGUCGCCAUCAAAUUAGCCGGUAUUCCCAUCUUACCCGACAUCCUCAACGGCUGUAUCCUGGUUUUCGUCUUUUCAGCGUCCAACUCUGAUCUCUACAUCGCCACUCGAACCAUCUACGGUUUGGCCAGAGAAGGCAAAGCGCCCCGAAUCCUGGCCCGCACCGACCGCAGAGGUGUUCCCAUUUACGCCCUUGCACUGUCCAGUUUGUUUGCCCUCCUCGCUUUCAUGAAUGUUUCGGACGAUUCAAAGACAAUCUUCGGCUAUUUCGUCAACCUCGUGACCAUUUUCGGUCUUCUAACGUGGAUCUCCAUCCUCGUCACCCACAUUUACUUUGUCCGCGCCCGCAAAGCCCAGGGUGUUGAGGAGACGUCUCUCGCUUUCAAAGCGCCCCUUGGAGCUGCUGGUUCCUAUGCUGCAUGCGCUUUCUGCAUUCUCGUUUCGAUUACCAAGAGCUACGAUGUCUUUAUUCACAACCCAGAAACUUACGGCAACUUCGACUACAAGAACUUCAUCACUGCGUACCUUGGAAUCCCUCUUUAUCUCAUCAUGAUCUUUGGAUAUAAGUUCGUUACCAAGUGUCAAGGCGUGAAGCCAGAGGAGGCAGAUCUCUGGUCAGGCAAGGAUGCCAUUGACCGGGAAGAGCAAGAGUUUUUGGCACGGAAAGCAGCUGAGCAAGGCCAACGCUCGCAAGCGAACUGGUUCUAUCGAACGUUUGUUGCUUGGUUGUUUUAGAGAGGCGGUGGAUAAUGUUGCUUCUUCGUUUGUCUAUGCAUGCUGUCUAUGUCGCUCGCCCUUAUUUACCGCAUGUAUAAUGCGGUUUAGGGUCUGUAUAUAAAAACUAGAUAUUUGUCCAUAUGACAAAAUUAUCAAAACAUUCUCCUGAUA